AUGGUGGCUAACAUAGGCGGCAUUAAUCCAUCAAAUGUGGAAGCGACGGCGUACAUUAGUGCGGUUGCCGCUUUUGCCCUGGUUCUGCUGGUGGUACUGUUGUUUCUGGGGAAGAAGUGGUGUUACACAGUAGCUGGCAACCGAAAACGUAACGGUAUCCUCAAUGUAAACGCUGGUGUUGAUCCGGGGCCUCUUGACAAUGCACACUUUGAUUCUUUGUCGAAAACCAUCCAAUACCCCGAACGCAUAUUUGCGUUUGAGGCCUCGGACUCUGACGAAGAGCUGCGUUUGCGCAUACAGGAUAAGGAAGACGUUGAAUGCCGCUAUGAGGAGAAGAAUGAGAACCAGCCGAAGGUUGAAGUGGAUGUUAUUGAAACAGCGCUAAGGGAGACCAGUAUUCGUGAAACCAAAAUUGAUGAGUUUGUCCCGCAAAAGGCAGAAUACAUACAUACGUUGGAAGCACAGAGUAGUGUUGACAGCGAUGUGUUGGCGCACAAUGAUACAUCUCUCCUAUGCAGCGAAAGCUCAACCGAGCGCGGUUCGGUGGAGUUGACUCUUCUGUACGACGCGCCCGUUCGCACUAUGACCGUGCACGUUCUCCAGGCACGCUCUUUGCCGCAACGUACACAAGGACAGAUUUUGCAAAGCCAGGUUCGAAUUGUCCUCUUGCCGAUGAAGAAGCAGAAAUACAAAUCCAAAAUUCGUAAUGGAGAAAAUCCACAGUACAUGGAGAGUUUCGUCUUGCAUAAAAUUAAUCCAGAGGACGUACACGGACUCGGUUUACGUAUACGUAUAUACGGGUGCGAACGCAUGCGUCGGCAGCGUUUAUUAGGAGAGGCGAGCGUCAGCUUUGCUACACUUAACUUUGAGCUUGAGAACAAUUUGUGGCUCCAACUCACGCCGAGACAACACCAUCAUCAUCAAACUAGCAUGCAGGUGCCCAAAAUAGAGCAGACCAAUACCAUAGUAGGAGUCCUUGCCACUCCCUCUAUAGCCCCGGCAACAUCCCCCGGAGGGGGAGAAGCCUGUAGCCUGGCAAGGUCUGACUCCGCUUCAUCCUGCUGCAGCACCAGAUCGGCCCCGGAACUCCUGCUGGGCUUGCAGUAUAAUCCUACAACGGGACACCUGUCUGUUGAGAUAAUCAAAGGCACCCACUUCCGAAAGCUGUCGCCCAACAAGGCCCCUGACACAUACGUAAAGCUAUGCCUCAUCAGCUCUUUAGGGAUGGAGAUGGGAAGAUGCAAGUCCACCACACGCCGAGCUCAGUCCAAUCCUCUUUACAAGGAAGUCUUUAUAUUCCAGGUGGCGCUAUUCCAAUUAACGGAGGUAACACUUAUGGUAUCGGUGUGGUGGCGGCGCAGUGUAAAGCGAAAUGAAAUGGUCGGUUGGUUCUCACUCGGUCAUAGCUCUUCAGGCCACGAGCAAGAGAGACACUGGCAGGAGCUAUGCGAGAGACAAGGACAGCAGGUACAACGUUGGCACGUGCUCCUAGAUUCCUGA